AUGGCAAAAACGACUUCAGCCGAGAAUUCUUUUUCAAUGUCACCUAUGGAAGCUGCAUUUUGUGGUGGAAUUGCAGGAAUGGCAUCAAGGCAGCUUCAAGCAGAUGCAAUAAAACGAAUGAAACGAGCAAUAUUAAGUCAAGACAAUAUUAUCGCGAACGAAUCACGCAUACCAAGAAAAUAUAAUGGAAUGCUUCACGCGUUUAGUUUAAUCAUACGGGAAGAAGGUUUUCUGGCGUUAUGGAAAGGAAACCUUUCAGCUCAAUAUUUAUAUUUAACAUACGGAUCUGUGCAAUUUCUCACAUAUCACGAACUUGAAAAACGUUCGUCAUCGUCAGAAGCAUUGCAAAAGCUUCUUCCUAAAAACGCGUGGUCGUUUGUAAAUGGUGCAACAUGUGGGACCGUUGCAACUGUUGCUACUUAUCCGUUUGAUUUGUUGAGAACGAGGUUUGCAGCACAAGGGCAUUCCAAGAGUUAUAAAACAGUUGGGCAAGCGAUUAAAAAAAUAUAUAGAGAUGAAGGAUUACGUGGAUUUUAUCGUGGUGUCUCACCAACAGUUAUUCAAAUUAUUCCGUAUAUGGGAAUAAUGUUUGGAAUACGAGAUAUAACGAAAAAGAAGAUACAAACCCUCGGGCAGGAAAAAGGUCGCUACCUCUAUAAUCUCACAAGUUUCCAAGACACAAUGAGCGGUGCGAUCGCUGGAAUAAUCAGCAAAGUGGGAGUCUUUCCAAUGGACGUUGUCCGAAAGCGAAUGCAAAUUCAGGGGCCAAAUCUUUCCAAUUACGUAAUUUCCAACAUACCCACCUAUAAGGGUUUUUGGUGGCAUUGUCUACUCGAAAUAGCAAAGACUGAGGGUUUUCGUGGUCUUUAUAAGGGUAUUACGCCGGCUGUUGUUAAAGCAGCACCGUCGAGUGCUGUUACUUUUUUCGUGUAUGGGCAAAUGCAGAAAUUUGUUGAGUCUCUACAUUCUUUUUAA